GAGCAGUGGUUGGCUGCCUGACGCUGUGGUGCAGGUUUCAGUGUUGCACAGGCCGGGCCCAGUGCUGCAGGUUGUCCGGUAGGGUGCCUGCAGAGCUACAAGCAUGCUGUUGAUGUCAGGAGCAGAGGAGAGGAACGUGAGGAAUGGCUGAAAACUGACGGCGAUCUCCUGCAAGGAAACAAACCGGGACGCAAACGUCCGCUAUGUUUAGCUGAAGACCUGACUGCCCCCCGGGACCAGCCUUUCAGCGACGCAUUAACAGGCACCGCUUGUUUUUUUUUUUUUUUUUUUUUUUUAGGUGGCGGUGGUGUGGUGAUUAUUUAAUGGGACAGCGAAAACGCAAAAAAACGCAAGGUAGGCUACUGCUCCUGUCGCCAGCAGAGCUACUUUUAUUUUCAUGGACUAAUACGACACACGGGUUGAGAAAUGUUUCCCAGCAAGGUAAAGUGGCCGUCUUCGAAGGCACUGUUUGUGUUUUGAGCUAGCUAAACGUUUGCGGACACAUUUUUAUUUUUAAAAAUUUCUUUUAGUGGUCGGGGUCGUGAAUGUAUGAAGUGUUUGAACGUUGGGGUUUUGUUUUGAAUAAGCGUCGGUUAGGCUUCACCUCUUCAUGCCUCAACCUACGAAACCACAUGAGAAGACGACGUCCGUAGUAGAUUAAACCGCAAAACAAAGGCCCCACUUUGUCGUCGCUACCACCUGAACUGAAGAGGAGAAAAUGCGUGUGGAUCUGUUUUGGGUCUGUUUGUGGUGUUUCCUUCGUCCCGGUGCCGCCGGUCAAGGGCAGUCGACGGCCGUUUGUUCGCCCUCAUGCAGCUGCGAUGAAGAUGGGGGUGCGGACUGCUCCGGGAGAGGGCUGACCGCCGUCCCAACUGGGCUCAGUACGUUCACCUACUACCUUGACCUGAGCAUGAACAACAUCACUGAGCUUCCAGCAUAUGUGUUCAAAAACUUCCCCUAUCUCGAAGAACUACGACUUGCAGGAAAUGACCUGUCAUUCAUCCACCCCGAAGCCUUCUCCGGACUGCAUCAGCUCAAAGUCCUGAUGCUCCAGAAUAAUCAGCUGAAGACUGUGCCAAGUGCAGCACUGAAGAGCCUUCACUCUCUCCAGUCUCUUCGCUUGGAUGCCAACCAUAUUACAACAGUUCCAGAUGACAGCUUUGAAAGCCUUCAGCAGCUGCGCCACCUCUGGUUGGAUGAUAACAACCUGACGGAGGUGCCCGUCGGUUCUCUAAGACACCAGGCGAACCUUCAGGCUUUGACGUUGGCUCUCAACCGCAUCCUGUACAUACCAGACAACGCCUUUGCAAACCUCACCAGUUUAGUUGUGCUGCAUCUUCAUAACAACAGAAUCAAAGAGAUAGGAGACAACUGUUUUUCCGGACUUGUAAACCUGGAGACGCUAGAUCUUAACUUCAACAACCUGAAGGUUUUUCCCAAAGCAAUACAGGCCCUCCCCAAACUGAAGGAGCUUGGGUUUCAUAGCAAUGAUAUUGCUUCCAUACCUGAGGGGGCCUUCCACAACAAUCCCCUGUUAAGAACCAUACAUCUUUAUGACAACCCUCUGUCGUUUGUGGGCGCUUCGGCUUUCCAGAACCUGUCCGGUCUGCACUCGCUGAUGUUGCGUGGUGCCAGUAUGAUGCAGGACUUCCCCAUCCUUACGUGGACUAACAACCUUGAGAGUCUGACCCUGUCAGGAACCAAAAUAUCAUCCAUACCCGCUGAUCUGUGUGAGGACCUCAAAGUGCUUCGAACACUUGACCUGUCCUACAAUGAGAUAAAACAGUCACCAUCCUUCCAGGGCUGCGUCCAGCUGCAGGAGAUAAGCUUUCAGCACAACCACAUUCAGAAAAUUGACCGAGACACUUUCCAAGGUCUCUCUGCUCUCCGUUUACUAGACCUGAGUAGAAACGAAAUCCGAGUUAUCCACAGAGACGCUUUCCUCACCCUCACGGCGCUCACCAACCUAGAUCUGAGUAUGAACUCUCUGACUGGGAUUCCAACAGCUGGGCUGAGCGCGCUCAGUCAGCUGAAACUCUCUGGGAACCCGCAGAUGAAAAACGUGCUAACUGCAAAUAAUCUACCCAAACUCAGGUCCAUUUCUGUCCCUUACGCCUACCAGUGCUGUGCAUUUGUUGGAUGUGACUCGGUGCCAACUUCUUUUGAGAAAAAUGACAUGACAAAAACUACAGGUGGGGAAGAUGUGGAAAAGAUCUCAAUGGUUAUGCAUUGCUCACCUUCACCAGGAGCUUUCAAGCCUUGUGAACACCUCUUGGGUAACUGGAUGAUACGUCUGACUGUCUGGUUCAUCUGCCUGGUGUCGCUGGUCUUUAACAGUCUGGUGCUGGUGGCCACCUUCUCUCCCUCGCACCGAGCUGCAGCCCAUUCCCACUGCCCAACUCCUUCUCUUUCUCCAGCCAGGCUGCUGAUGGGGCUGCUGGCCCUGGCUAACCUGCUCACAGGCUUGUAUGUCGGCGUGCUGACUGUGCUCGAUGUUGUUACGUGGGGAUCCUUUGCCGAGUUCGGGGUGUGGUGGGAGAUGGGCCCCGGCUGUCAAAUCACAGGAGUUCUGGCCGUCUUCUCGUCAGAGUGGUCGGUCUUGUUGCUGUCACUGGCGGCAGUGGAGCGCAGUGUGGCCGUGCGGAUGAUUCUUGGGAAAGUGAUGAUGUCACCCAGGAGGAGUGGCAGCAGCCGUCGCGGAUGCUUAAGAGGAGAUCGACGCUUCAGCCUCCCUGCGGGAUUGCUGGCGCUGCUGGCCGCUGCCGGAGCCUGCCUCCCUCUCCUGACCUCCAGUGAUCAGUCGUCGUCUCCUCUCUGCCUGCCGUUUGCUGGCGGUGAAAGUCCAGCUUUGAGUGUUACAGUCAUUCUGGUGCUGCUCAACGCCGUGGCUUACCUGUUCACCGCAGCUGUGUACACCCAGUUGUACUGCCAACUGGGCAGGGUGGAGUUGGCGGAUCCAGAGCAGACGGGUGCCCUGCGACAUGUCGCCUGGCUCAUCUUCACCAACUGCAUCUUCUUCUGUCCUGUGGCGGCUUUCUCUUUUGCCCCACUCCUGACUGGCUCUACAGCUGGUGGCCCAGAGAUUGCCAAGUCCGUCACCCUCAUCUUCUUCCCACUGCCAGCGUGCCUGAACCCAGUGCUGUAUGUGUUCUUCAGCCCGGCCUUCAGAGAGGACGGGUUGAGACUGCGUGGUCACGGAAGUUUGACCAGGGAGAUGAAGACCGCCGCAGAAGGACACCGAGACGAUGGCGGCGGAGGGUCAGAGCUCACAGACGGGGGCUCCUCCACACACCUAGGCUUUGACUGUGGGGUGUACUCACAGCUUUGUGGAGAGGUGGUUGUUUGUGAGCAGUGUGAUGCAGCACUGCGGGCCAGGACCUGCUCUUCCCCCUCAUCCUCCACAGUCUGUAGACACUUGGUGAAGUCCCACAGCUGUCCCACCCUCCUGGCUGGAGCUGCGACGUGCCAGCGCUCAGAGGGGUUUUGGGGAGACAGCAGUACACCGUCUGCGCAGUCUGAGUAUGCAGACGAGGGGGACUCUUUUGUGUCGGACAGCUCGGACCAGGUUCAGGCGUGUGGCCGAGCCUGCUUCUGUCAGAGCAGAGGCCUUCCUCUUGUACAUUACUCAUACAACAUACCUCGAGUCAAGGACUAAGGAUGCCUCAGAGUUCCAGAGUGUGUGCACAAAUCUGUCACGAGAACUUAGAUGCUAAAAGAAUAUGUAAACAUUUUUAUAUCAAACAGCAAAAUGCGCCAACUACCCUACGAUUCAACAAACACAUUUCUGAUCUCUGUGUUAACAGAGAUGCACCCAGUCAUUUAACGGGAACUUGGCCUUUUUGAUUUUAGAAACUGUUUCUAGGAAACCUGAACCGAGCACAUCACAUUACAAACUGGUCGACAAAGGAUCUCGCAAAGGAAAAUUUUGCCACCAGUGCCUGCCUCUGCAAGCCUCCAUGUAUGUGUUAAAGUUUUGUUUUGUUUUUUGUUUCACCUGUACUUAUAAGCUUUUAAAAUGUUAAUGAUUAUACAUCUUGUCAAAUUUUUAAGCUUCUUCACAGCAACUUUUGAUUUUAUACUUUGAUUUUUUUUUUUUUUUUACAAAAAUGUAGCAAAUGUAAUCACUCUAAAAUUUCAUGUGUGAAUGUAACUUUCAGGUGGUCUUCACCGAGCAGGGGGGAUAAUAUAAAGUCAGCAAUAACUUCUGACCUGCCUGCGCGUGAUUGUAAAGUGUCUAAAGUAGUCUAAAAUAAACACGUCUUUGCUUUAAGACUAAGAAUGUGAUAAAAGUAGCAGAUAUCACUGUUUCAACAACAACUGGGUGUGAUGGUUUUGAAAGAUUAUUAUUUAUUGUUUGAGUAGCUUAAGUGUCUGGCUGGGUGGCCUCUGAAUGAUAAAUACACCAGUUUAAUACAAGCAUUCACCAAAACAACAGCACCUCUAUUAGUUUGUUUUGUCACCAAAACAACAAAAAAAGAAAAAGCGUGCACAUGCAGGUUUGUGUCAUUUUCAUCAUUCUGAAGGAAAAUUCCCGUUACUUUAAAAUCCGGGCUUUAUUUUCUAAGUUUUUGCCAUCAUGUCGUUUGAUAUGACCUUUUUAUUGCUUAAUCGCAGAGUGACACAUGCCGUUAGAGGCGACAGGGGCAGCAAACAUUUCCUUUUUAAUACAUUAACACUUAAAUGAGACCUGCUUAUAUCUGAUAUUUGUGGCUUACAGAAUGAUUGAUAAUGGAAUCCAGUAUAUUUUAAUAAGAACAAACUUCAAAAUGACAAUCGAAUGAAUUAAAAGAGAACAUUUAAAUCACAGGAGUAAGCCAACACUUUGGGAAAUGUGAUUAUUUGCUGUGACUAAGAUAAGAGCCUCUAGCAUAUAUGUAUGGCUCUGGAUGUACUUCACUGUGUGUGUGUGUGUGUGUGUGUGUGUGUGUGUAUAAAAUAAAAUACAAGCAAUAAAUUUACACUAGUUGUACUACUUAAACGUGCUUGGGGCAAGGUAGCAGGCAGAAGUAGCUUUCUUGCACUAGUCGUACAUGCAUUUCUGGCCAGUUUAAAACUUAUUAAACAGAUUUUGGCUCAUGAGCAAAAAAAAAAAAACCUCAUGAAUAUCGUCCAAGUCAAACACAUGAAAGCAAUCCCGCUUUUCCUUUCACGUGAUUUGAACACAGCACAAGACUGGCAGCCAGUUGAGUCAACAAGAUGGUGCAUUAGCAUUGCCAACAAGUAUGAAAUGGAUGAGUAUGACUGAAACGUGGGCGAUCAUUAGUCAGCCACAGAUAUUUAAAGACAAGUAUCUGCAGUGUGCUCUUGUAUUAAAAGGUUUUUGUGUGCCGCGUGUUUUUUUUUAAAAUUUUUUUAUUAUAUGUAUGAUGCUUCAACUAGUAAAUAUGUGAUGGCACAAAAGCAGGAAAAUAAGGCCUUGGUUUAAAAAAGGAAGAAUAAACACAUCUAUUUUAACUUUCCUGUUCUAGACACACCAUCAGAUUCAGAGUUAAACUGAUUCCUGUCUGUAUAGGUGAUCAGAAGAAUUAAUUCUUUUAACGCUCUAAAGUAAAAUGUAGAUCUUUCCAUCCAGAGAUCUGACCGGAGUGAGACUGUUUGACGAGGGACUGGCUGGUGUUGUGCUAGAGCAUGACUGUACACAUUGAGGUGGAUACACCCUCAGAGCGUGUAUCCACAAGUGCACGUCAUGUGAGUGCUCAGGAAUUCAGGCAAUGUAGGGAAACCUUUUCUUCCACCAAUAAGACAUUCUCAUGUUCUUAUAAUGCAAACUUUUAAUGUCAGUGUUUCAGUGUGUAAAUAAUUUCACCCACCAAAAUGUUUGAGAUGUCCGAUGUCCCAUCUGGUGAAAAUGUACGCAUCUUUUUUUGUUUGUUUGUAGUUUUGGUUAUUUUUUUUUUCUUUUUUGUAUUUGUAUGUAAAUUAUUUGAACACAGAUAAUCAAGAAUGGGAUGCUAACUAAGGAAGCUACCUCCUCAACUGUAGUGGCUACCAGCAGUGCUUUGUAAAAUAAUUUUUUUUUUUUUUAAGCUGUUUGUAUUCUUGGCUUUACGUUGACAUAGGACGGGUGACGGAUUAAAGGAAAAUGCAAACUCAGAAACUCACGUGUUCAGUCAUCAGACUGAACAUGUGAUGAGCGUGACAGCGCUGUCCACCACCAUCAUCCAAACACACUUGUAGAAUGAAUGAAUCAAUGAUUUGGUGCUUUGAAGCUGGUUUGCCAGCCGCACCUUGCAGACACCGUGUUUGCCUUUCCUUUAAUUUGUCACCUGUCUCUGUACAUCAUUUUAGUUCUUUGCAAAUUGUGGGAGGAAUCUAUGUACUGUAUACUGUGAUUUUUUUUUUUCUUUAAACCAAACUAUGAACAUUUAAAAAAAAAAUCUUUUAUAGAUAUGAACCUGCAGAAUAAUACAGAUUAUAUAUAAAAUAUCUCACUUAUUUUCAGUUCUAAUUAAAUUGUAUUUGUAGUUUUACAUGUGAGAUCUCCCCUAAUUGUUUUUAUUCUGUUCAAGUAGAAAAUAAAUCUUUAAAUUGUGAAUUAAUAAAAUUGAAAGAACACAA